AAUAAAUACAUAAGCUUGCUCUGCCCUUUCCUCUUCCAGCUGGAUCCAAAGUUGACAGUCUUCGUUGUUCUGUUGCUUCUGUUGCACUCAGCCAAACUCCUCGUUACGAACAUAGGAAUACAUACAGCACAGAGUACAGCCUCAUUGAAUUUGAUUAGCAGUGCAUAAUUUCGAACCAAGAUAUCCAGAAUGGCUACCUAUCAAAAUGGGAGCGUCCCUCCCGAGAUCAACAGGAAGACCUCUACAAGCGAGAAGAAUGAGGAGUUUACGGGCAUAGAGUCUCUUUCCCACGUUGCAACAUACCGCACGCAACCAUUCAAUUCCCCUCAGGUUAUCCCCAUACCGACUUCGGUGGCUUCUGGUUUGGGCGUCCCAACCGCCCUCGGUAUUGGCGCUUUCGCGACGACAUUGACGACUUUGUCUCUCUCACUGAUGGAAUGGCGAGGAGUUGACACGAAGAAUGUUUUCAUUGCGAAUUUCUUCUUCCUGGCGGCGAUCGGCAUGGUCAUCACUGCCCAGUGGGAGCUUGUUAGGGGAAAUGGAUACGGAUAUGUCGUAUUGAGCGCUUUCGGCCUCUUUUACGGAGGAUAUGGUGCUAUCAUCACACCUGCAUUCGGGGUAGAGGCUUCAUUUGGCGGCGAUACGGCACAGUACUACAAUGCCUCCGGUUUCUUUAUGAUCAUAUGGACUGUCCUGAACCUUUUCUUCACUAUUGAAUCUCUGACGAUCAACAUCGCAUAUGCCGGUAUAUUUGUCUUCGUCGAGCUAGGCUUUCUCUUCAUUGCAGCAGCCUACUUUUCCAUUGCGGACGGCCACGAAUAUGCGGGAAUGGUUCUCCAGAAGCUGGGCGGAGCGUGCUGCUUCGUAUCAGGAAUGUUUGGUUGGUACACCAUGGGCCACUUAAUGUGUCAGAAAGCCCUCUUCUUCUCCUUCCCACUGGGGGACACCAGCCGAUUUUUCGAGAGGCGCAGGAGGGACUAGGUACCUAAUUAAGGAUAACUGCAGAGCAUGUUAUUGUGAAUUGUUUUCUUGCCAUCAAAGGCAGGGUGUUUUCACACGUUGAAAGUGAAAGGAUUGACGAUAGAGCAUUGAUUACCUUUAACUAUUGGUAUAAAAGAGCAGUUUAUGUCAGGCCAUCGAGCCAUUAACCCGCCAAUGUUAGAAUAGCAUCAUCCAGUCCGG